GGUCACACCGUUCCUUUCCACGCGACCAACAACACAGAAACGUGUGUUUUGGGUCCGACGCGUGCUUUUAAUAAAAUAAAACAAUAUUAGAGAAAAGCAGUUCUGAAAAUCUGUUCUUUUUCUCAUAAAUAACAGCUGCAUUACAAGACUAUUCACAAUGAGACGUCCGAAGAAGUACGAAGCCGGUGAGGCAACACAAUAUAUAAGCCGGCGAGCAGCCCUGCGUAAGCUGCAGCUAUCGCUAAAUGAUUUCCGCCGCUUGUGCAUUUUGAAGGGUGUUUAUCCUCGCGAACCAAAACAUAGAAGACGUGCACAGAAAGGCUCUUCAGAGAUAAAGAUUUUGUACCACACCAAAGAUAUACGCUUUCUGCUGCAUGAGCCUAUUGUGUGGACACUGCGUGACUACAAGAUCUUUGCCAAGAAAUCUGGUCGGGAUCGCGCUAUUAAGGACUUUCGCAAUCUGAAACGUCGGUUGGCCUUAUUCCCCGAAAUCAAGCUCGAUCACAUUGUGAAGGAACGCUAUCCGACAUUCAUUGAUGCACUCAAGGAUCUCGAUGACUGCCUUACAUUACUCUUUCUAUUCAGCACAUUUCCAUCCUUGCAUUUGAUUCCGCGUGAGCAAUCGAAUCUUUGUCGUCGAUUAACCAUCGAAUUUUUGCAUUAUGUGAUUGCCUCCAAAUCGUUGCGCAAAGUGUUCAUAUCGAUCAAAGGCUAUUACUUCCAGGCCGAGAUCAAGGGCCAAAAGGUCACAUGGAUAGUGCCACACUACUAUCCUUUUAAGCCGCAAUCAAGGCAGGAGGUGGACUUUAAAGUAAUGUCCAUAUUCGUAGAGUUCUACACAAUUAUGCUGGGUUUUACGAACUUCCGUUUGUACCAUGGCCUAAAUCUCGCCUAUCCACCACAAUUUCCCUCUACCAUGCUGCAAGAUAAUGCAGAUACUUUGAAAGACGAGACGAGUUUUGUGUCGGAGCGUAUUUGUGCUCUUAAUUUUGAUCUGCUGCGUACAGACAAGGUGCAGGAGGAUGAGGAGGAACCCGAUAUUGAUAUGGAGCUGCUGGAACAGGAUGGCGACUCAAAGCGCAUUAUCAAAAUGAAACAGGAGGCACAGGAAGUGGCCCGUCUACGCACACUUUUUAAAGGAUUAAAGUUCUUUAUCAAUCGUGAGGUCCCUCGUGAACCAUUGGUCAUCAUCAUACGCUCCUUUGGUGGAAAAGUUUCCUGGGAUUCGUCCGUCUUCUCUGGCUCCACGUACGAUGAGAGUGAUGAAAGCAUCACUCAUCAGAUUGUUGACAGGCCUAGCCUAAGUACCCAGUAUAUAUCGAGGGACUACAUACAGCCCCAGUGGGUCUUCGAUUGUGUAAAUCAGCGUCAGCUGCUGCCAACCAACAAAUACUUCCUGGGUGAACAGUUGCCGCCGCAUUUAUCACCCUUUGUCGAUGCCAAACGAGAUACGUAUAUACCGCCCGAAGAGAAGGCGCUACAUGAUCCCUCACUUAUCGAAACACAUGCCCAAAGUGAAGAUGAAUCGGAUGAGGAAGAAACAGUAGCAAACGAGGAAGAUGAUACUGUAGAACAAGAACUGCUGGACGCACAGCUGCAACGCGCCUAUCAGCAGGAAACAGCAGAAUACAAAAAGUAUGGCGGUCCAGACGGUGUCAAUGAGGAUGAAGAGGACUCUGACGGAGAAGAUUUCAAUGACGAGGACCAAGAAAGCUCCGAUGAGGAGGAAGAGCUGGAUGAGCAGACAAAGCGACUGCAGGAAGAGAGGAAGAAAAUGUCUGUGCAAUCUGGUAAGGUGCACAAAGUGAACAAAAGACAGCUGCACAAAGCCGAAGUCGAUGAGCAUCGUUUACAGGCACGAAUGGUCAAGCCACGUCAUCGCAAUCUGUUCCGCAAGCUGAUACGUGAGAAACAGACUAAGGAGAAAGAGGAAUGGCUGCUACGUAAGAAGCGACGCAAUAUUGACAGCGAUACAAAGGAAGCCAAAAAAUUGGCUAAACGAGAGGCGAGAAAAGCAGCCGCUGCUGCUGCUGCAGCUGCCUCGCAACUGGGCGGCAAGUGAAAGACUCUGGCUCGCGGUAUUUCACAACCUGUGUCUUCUUAUAAUUAGUUUGUAACUGAAAACAAUAAAACAAAUUAACCUGAUAUUUUAC